AUGAUUUCGUUCAAGAAAGGAAAGAUCAAGGUACCUGAAAAAUUACAACCUACAUCUGCAAAUAUAGAUGAAUCAUGGCUCAUCCUUAAAAAUGUAUUUGAUAAAGUUCUUAGUGAUGAUACGCAUGAUAUUUCAUUUGAAAAGACAUACCGUGUCGUCUAUGAUGUUGUUAGGUUCAGACAAGAAGCAGAACUUUACAAUAGAAUUAAGGAGUACUUGGUUCAAAGAUUCACAUCUUUGAAAACGGAUACCUUCGACAAAAAUCCUGCCAUAACUAGUGAGGAAUGGAAGUUUUUAGAAACUUUGGGUGAGGUGUGGAAAAGUACUAACAUUCAUCUUGAGUGUAUUAGAGAUUUGACGUUGUAUUUAGAGAGAACAUAUUGUGAGAGAAACAGAGUUCCCGGGAUUGUUGAGACUGGCUUGGAGAUAUUUAACACGUGUCUUCUACUACCAUUGAAAGAUACUGUGAAUGAAGAAUACGUUAAAGGAAUUAACAAUUUAAGAGACACACACGAAUAUGAUACUCCACAUACUGAAGUUCUGGAAAGGUUGGGGUCCAUGAUGCUAACGAUCCUUAGUGGUGAAGAUAGUUUUUUUGUGGUGUUUGUCCAAAAUCAUUUGUUGGAAGAAUCCAUUAAAUAUUAUUCUGAGUUGGCCAAUUCAUUGAAUUUAAAAUCGAUUGAAGGUUUUCAAAAAGUUGAGACAUUGAUUGAUUUUGAAACAAAAUUAGACACAUCUUUUUUAACAUUGGAUGCCGCUACAAAAGUAAUAAAAUGCAUUGAUACUGUGUUGAUUUGGGGAAAUUAUGAAAGUAUAGUGGAGCCAUUGCUAUUGGACGCGUUGGAUACUUUAAAUGGUGAAUACCUUAGAAAAUUAUAUUCCUUGACAACAGAAAGGAAGUAUAGAUUGAAAUUGAGAUCUGCUAUUCAAAAUAUGAUAAAUAAAAAUCUAUCUUCGAUUGAAUUGGAUGAAUCUGAAAAGAAAAGAUCACUAAUUGGUACCAAAUGGGCAUCAUCCGUAAUUUCAAUGUUUAACAAGUAUAAUAAACUAUUAGAAGGGUUAAGUUUUGAAGUUGAGUCUACUAUCGAUAAUGUAGCUAACACGGAGAUUACUGAGAAUCAAAUGGGAGGUAGACAACUUUCUACUACUAACAAUGGACCUGAUGAUUCAGAAGAUUUUUCUCAAGGGACAGUAUCUGCUGCAGGGUUGUUGAAUGAGACAUUUUCGAAUUUCUUUAAGCAAAACUCAAAACAUAGUGCUCAAUAUAUGAGUUUCUAUCUGGAUACUUGCUUGAAAAAAACAUUGGAAAAGACUGAGAUUAAUGACUCAAAGAACAGUAUACUCGAAUGUGUUAAUUUAGUAAGAUUAUUACCAGAUAAAGAUGAAUUUACUGUGAUCUAUAAAAAUCAACUAACUAAACGUUUAAUUCAACAACAAUCAAGUCUAAAGGUAGAGAAAUUCGCAUGUAAAAGGGUUAAUGAGGAAACGGGGUCAUUCUGGACCCAUAAAUUGGGUACAAUGUUAAGAGAUAUAACUCGAUCUGAAUAUCUGGCCCAGAAUUUCAGUGUCAGCCAACAACAGAAAGCUACUGAAGAUUCAUCAACAACAACUGAAGUAUUAGAAUUUGUGCCAGAUAUUCUAACAAUUACUUCCUGGCCAUUUCAAGACAUUGAUGAUAUUGUUGCUGAAGAUCUAAUACUACCAGCUCAAUUGGAGGCCCUGAAAUUAGAUUUUGAAAAAUUCUAUAACAAGAAAUAUAAUGAAAGAACAUUAAAAUGGGUUCACACUUUAGGAUCUAUACAAAUUGGGUUUCAAUUUGAAAAAAGUUACCAUGACUUAACCAUGCCCUUCUAUUCAGCGUUAGUGUUUCUUUUAUUUGAAAAUAAUGAUGAAUUAACUACAGAGAUGAUCUUGGAGAUGACCCAUAUACCCGAACAAGAAUUGUAUCGUCAAUUAUUAUCACUUGUGAUGUCAUCCAAAUCAAGAAUUUUAAAGAAAUCGCCAGCUUCAAAGACUAUUUCAAAAUCUGAUAAAUUCUCAAUAAACUACAGUUUCACAGCGCCUACUGAAAAAGUGAAAGUACAAACUAUAGUGGGUAACACAUCAUCACGUAGAAACGACAACAACAACAACAACAACAUAAAUAACGUCCUAGAACGUGAGAGAAUCAACGCAACAAACGCAGCUAUUGUGAGAGUUAUGAAACGUCAAACUGCAAUCACACAUACCGAACUCCUUGAGAGAGUAACGGAAGAAGUGAAACAAGUUUUCACGUUGCAAUUACUAGUUUUCAAGAAAAGUUUGGGUUUCCUUAUCUCUAAAGAAUAUGUGCAGAGAGACCCUGAUGAUUCCAGUUUAUACCAUUACAUAUCAUAG